AUGGACGACCUGGACCCCGAGCUCUAUACCGUCGCAUGGAUCGCCCCGCUAGAGAUCGAGGCACGGGCUGCCCUACAUAUGCUGGAUCAUAAACACCGAGGCAGGUUUCCCAUGGGUCGCGGCGAUGACUACGUCUUCCAAGCUGGCGAAAUGUGCGGACAUAACGCCAUCAUUGCAACCCUGCCCGCUGGUCAAGAAUACGGCACUGGGUCUGCUGCUGCCCUCGCUAGCCAGGUCAAGCGCUAUUUCCCAAACCUUUGGUUCGGCUUGCUGGUUGGCGUUGCCGCCGGCCUUCCUAACUUCUCGCGAAGCCCGCCGCUCGAUAUCCGCCUAGGCGACGUUCUCGUGGGUCUGCCCACGGGCGAGAGUGCAGGCCUUAUCGCCUACGACUUGGGCAAAGAGACAGCCAAAGAUGGGUUUCAACUCUUGCACUUCGGCCAUGUAUUGGCCAACACGGAAACGGUUGUCAGAUCGGCCAUCGGUGCCAUCAAGCUUAUGGCGCCCAAUGAUGCGAAAGCGUUCUUGCCACAUUAUGAACGUAUCAAGCACAAAGAACACACCACCGGCACAUUCGUCGACCCCGGACAAGAGAACGAUCUGCUCUACCAGAGUAACAAAGACGGGACUGAGCGUUUAGCGAAACGAGAACGGCGGCCGGAUGGCAAGCGGACUCGGGUGUGGUACGGACCUAUAGGCUCGGGAGACAAGGUGGUAAAGAAUGCCCGGAUCCGAGAUGAGCUGAGAGACAAAUACAACGUCAUCGGUCUUGAGAUGGAGGCGGCCGGAACGAUGAACCGCAUUCCUGUGGGCGUCAUUCGUGGGGUUUGUGACUACGGGGACGAGCAUAAGAAUGAGGAAUGGCAACCGUACGCUGCUGCAAUGGCUGCCGCCUACGCCAAAGCUGUCCUGGCUGAGAUUAGACCGAAGAACAUCGCACAGGGCGGAGGAGUGGCCGGCCAGAUUGGUUCGUAG